AAGGGGGCCGGCUCUUGGCCCGCACAGCCUCACGGGACUGAGGCGGGUUGCCUUCAGUCGUUCCUCUCAGCGCCGGGCUAGAGCACGCGGGCUGGAGGCCCCUGUUUGUGGCCAUCAACAUGGCGGACGGCGACAUUGUCGUGUCAAAGAAGCACAAGAAAAAAAAGGAGCGCAAAGUAUUAGGAGAAGACGAUGUGGCUGACCUACAACAUGAAGGGGAAUUCUUCAUCAAACCUGAAUCUAAAGUAGUUCAAUUGGACACAUCUCAGUGGCCCUUACUGCUAAAGAACUUUGAUAAACUAAAUGUAAGGACAACUCACUAUACUCCCCUCCCUUCCGGAUCUAACCCUCUCAAGAGAGAAAUUACAGACUAUAUCAGGACAGGUUUCAUUAACCUUGACAAACCCUCCAAUCCCUCUUCCCAUGAGGUAGUUGCAUGGAUCCGGCGAAUACUCCGGGUUGAGAAGACGGGCCACAGUGGUACUUUGGAUCCGAAGGUGACUGGCUGUUUAAUUGUGUGCAUAGAACGAGCUACCCGAUUGGUCAAAUCUCAGCAGAGUGCGGGCAAAGAGUAUGUGGGAGUUAUCCGACUGCACAAUGCUAUUGAAAGUGAGGUUCAACUUUCCAGGGCACUGGAAACUUUGACAGGCGCGCUAUUCCAGCGACCACCUCUCAUUGCUGCGGUCAAGCGACAACUCCGAGUCCGAACUAUCUAUGAGAGCAAGAUGUUAGAAUAUGACCCUGAAAAAAGAUUAGGUAUCUUUUGGGUGAGCUGUGAGGCUGGAACAUACAUUCGAACAUUAUGUGUCCAUGUUGGUUUGUUACUGGGAGUUGGAGGCCAGAUGCAAGAGCUUCGCCGGAUCCGCUCUGGAGUUAUGGGGGAGAAGGACCACAUGGUGACCAUGCACGAUGUGUUAGAUGCUCAAUGGCAGUAUGACAAUUACAAAGAUGAAGGUUACCUUCGUCGGGUUAUUUAUCCUCUGGAGAAGCUGUUGACAUCUCACAAACGGCUGGUCAUGAAGGACAGUGCGGUUAAUGCCAUCUGUUACGGAGCCAAAAUCAUGCUCCCGGGGGUUCUUCGGUAUGAGGACGGCAUUGAAGUCAAUCAGGAGGUUGUAGUCAUCACUACUAAAGGGGAAGCCAUUUGUGUGGCUAUUGCCUUGAUGACCACAGCAGUGAUUUCUACCUGUGACCAUGGUAUAGUGGCCAAGAUUAAGAGAGUGAUCAUGGAGAGAGACACUUACCCUCGCAAAUGGGGUCUGGGCCCAAAGGCAAGUCAAAAGAAGAUGAUGAUCAAGCAAGGUCUUCUGGAUAAGCAUGGAAAGCCUAAUGACAGCACACCUACAGCUUGGAAGGAUGACUAUGUGGACUAUAGUUCAUCUGUGAAGCAAGAACCAGUUGCGGUUCCAAUCGAACCCAUGAAGACAGUAAAGACAAAGAAGCGGAAACGAGAAGGGGAUAGUGAAGAGGAAGACCAGUACAGUGGUUAUAGUGAUUAUGGGGAUUAUGGGGAGAAUGGUGAAGAGGAUGAAGAAAGCAGUGAGGAAGAAGAGGAUGAAGGUAGCGAGGAGGAAGAAGAGGAGAAGAUGGUGGGAAUAGAAGGUAUUAAAGAGGAAGAAAGUGUUGAAGAAAAAGAGGCUGAGGAAGAUGAUGGUGAUGAAGACGAAGAAGAAAGUGAAGCCUUUACUCCUCCACCGGCAGUCAGCAAAAAAGUGAAGAAGAAGAAAAACAAGAAAGAGAAAAAGGCUAAAGUUGCAGUAGAGAGCACAAGCAAAUCAAAGGAUUCGGGCACAGAGAGCACCAAGAAGAAGAAGAAAAAGAAGAAAGCCAAAGUAAUGGAAGAGGAUUCCGAGUAGUGAGUGUCCACCUUGGGGAAGAUGAUGGAAACCUUAACCAAGAAUAAAAGCAACUCUCCACAGCAGUUUGGAAAUGACAAUGUACUGAAGGAGUGGCCAGUGGCAUCCCAUUGACCCUGCUGCUUGGAAUAUACUGUGGGCUUCUGUGGUGUGGGGAUAGGGGAAUCCCAUCUUGUCCUGUUUUAAGGAUAUUUGCAAAGGGCACGGGUGAGAAAUAUAUGCAAAACUGCCCAAUGAGUAGCAGAUUCUGUACUAUAGCUUACAUUUAGAGCAGCGGGUGGCCAGGCUACCCACAUAGAACACCUAGUAGCUUGUCUGCAGCUGUUCUUUUUAAUUUGCUGGUGUUUUAUCUAUUUUACAUCAUGAAAUGAGUAUGUUUAAAUGGUCUUUUCCCCCAUUUUCCUUUGUUGAAAAGUUAUGAAACAUUUAUGUUUUGCACAGGACAGAAACCUCCAUUGUUGGUGGGGGUCACUAUAGUGCAAGUUGUGGUCGUGCAAAAACCCUAAUGUCUGAGGAGGCCAAGGAAGCCCCCCAACCCAGCUUCUUCUCAGACUUCUUGAGCUGAGUCACUUUCUCCUCUCUCCAAACCCACCUUCUGAAAUGAAAUGUGCUUCUUCCCUCAAUGUAUGCUAUGUAUUGGUGAGCCUUUGGGGGAGAGGUCUCUUGGGACUGUCUGCUCCUCCUGUUCCAAAUCUUCUGAGCUACCUUAGACCCCAGAUACUGGAGAUGGGUAUUUGCAAUGGAGUUGGGACCGUCCUAACUAUAUAUAUAAUAUAUAUAUAUAUAUAUAUAUAUAU